CAAUCCGACGAUUACGCCACCGCCCAUGGGCAUGACGGUCGCGGGCGUCGGCGAUCCGCACCUCGUCAACACGUACGGCCAGAAGUUCGACCUCUUUCAGGCUGGGCACCACACGCUGAUCAAAAUCCCCAGGUGGGCGCGGCAGCGGACCAAUUUCCUCGUGCAGGCGAUCGCGAGUCGUGCCGGAGCUGGCUGCGCCGACUUGUAUUUCACGGAGGUCAACAUCAGUGGCAGUUGGACUCGGCGUCACAGGGCGGCGGACCUGCGCUGGGCUGCCGAGGUCGCCAGGCCAGGCAAGGCGAAGUGGAUGAAGUUCCAUGGCGGAAUCAGCGUCAAGAUCGCCCACGGCCACACGGCGCAGAGCACGAGGUAUCUCAACAUCUUCGUGAAGGGGCUGGGCAGGGUGGAAGGGCCGGUGGGCGGGCUCCUCGGCGGGGACGACCACACAGCGGCCGCCACUCCAGACAGGGGCUGCAAGAAGCUUCUGAGCCUAUGA